AUGGAAGGAGAAGCAGAAGAAGAAAAUGAUGAUGUUGAUGAAUGGGAUGCAAAGAGCUGGGAUGAUUCUGCUGUUAAUCUUUCUCUUAAACAUGGAUUUUCUGAUGAAGAGAUUGACUCUAAGCCUGAACCUGUUGUGAAAAAAACACAUAAAGAGUGCAGGUGCCAAGCCAACAAAACAGCAACUUCAGAUGCUGCCCCAAAAGAGAGUGAGGAUAACCUUCGUUCACCUAUUUGCUGCAUUAUGGGUCAUGUGGAUACCGGUAAAACUAAGCUAUUAGAUUGUAUACGAGGCACAAAUGUUCAGGAAGGUGAGGCUGGAGGUAUUACUCAACAAAUUGGUGCAACAUAUUUUCCUGCUGAGAACAUCCGUGAGAGAACUAAGGAACUGAGAGCUGAUGUGAAGCUGAAGGUCCCAGGUUUAUUGGUCAUUGAUACACCUGGUCAUGAAUCAUUCACUAAUUUGCAGUCACGGGGUUCAGGUUUAUGUGAUAUUGCAGUUUUGGUUGUUGACAUUAUGCAUGGCUUAGAGCCUCAAACAAUAGAGUCACUCAAUCUUUUGAAAAUGAGGAAUACAAAGUUCAUUGUUGCAUUGAAUAAGGUGGACAGACUAUACGGGUGGAAAACCUGUCGUAACGCACCGAUUGAGAAGGCAAUGAAGCAGCAAUCAAAGGAUGUAAAAAUACAGUUCGAAACGCAGCUCGUACAGAUUAUCACUCAAUUCAAGGAGCAGGGAUUAAAUACUGAACUGAAUAAUAUGGAUAAAAAAAUGAGGGAAACGUACAGAAUUGUACCUACAAGUGCCAUUAGCGGUGAAGGGAUUCCAGAUUUGUUAUUAGUGUUGGCUAAGUUGACAGAGAAAACUAUGGUUGAGAAUCUUACUUACAGAAAUGAAGUGCAGUGUACUGUGUUGGAGGUUAAGGUUAUUGAAGGCCUUGGGACAACAAUUGAUGUUGUACUGGUUAAUGGCGUGCUUCACGAAGGAGAUCAAAUUGUUGGACCUAUUGUUACUUCAAUUCGAGCUUUAUUGACACCACAUCCGAUGAACGAACUUCGUGUGAAGGGAACGUAUCAGAAUCAUCGUGCAAUCAAGGGCGCACAGGGUAUCAAAAUCACAGCACCGGGUCUUGAGCAUGCUAUUGCUGGCGCUGCUCUAUAUGUGGUAGGGCCUCAUGAUGAUUUGGAAGAGGUCAAGGAAACAGCUAUGGGAGACAUGAAGUCAGUCUUAAGCAGGAUUGACAAGAGUGGUGAGGGAGUUUGCGUACAAGCAUAUACUCUAGGCUCCUUGGAAGCAUUGCUAGAGUUUCUGAAGACCCCAGAAGUUAAUAUUCCUGUUAGCGGUAUUAGUAUAGGCACUGUACAUAAAAAGGAUGUCAUGAAGGCCAGUGUAAUGCUUGAAAAGAAGAAAGAGUUUGCCACCAUUUUGGCAUUUGAUGUCAAAGUGACACCAGAGGCCUGGAAACUUGCAGAUGAUUUGGGUGUGAAGAUUUUUAUGGCUGAUAUCAUCUAUCACUUAUUUGAUCAAUUUAAGGGCUAUAUCAACAAUCUCAAGGAGGAAAAGAAGAAGGAAUCUUCUGAUGAAGCUGUCUUUCCUUCUGUGAUCAAGAUUUUACCAAACUCUGUUUUCAACAAGAAGGAUCCAAUUCUCUUGGGGGUUGAUGUUCUCGAAGGCAUUUUAAAGGUUGGAACUCCAAUUUGUAUUCCUCAAAGAGAUUUUAUUACUAUCGGGCGCAUUGCAUCCAUAAAAAAUAACCACAGACCUGUUGAUAUAGCAAAAAAGGGGAUGAAGGUAUCCAUUAAGAUAAUUGGGACGAAUCCUGAUGAGCAGCAAAAGAUGUAUGGUAGGCAUUUUGGAAUUGAAGAUGAACUUGUCAGCCAUAUCACAAGGAGGUCGAUUGAUGCACUGAAAGCGAAUUACCGGGAUGAACUCUCAAAUGACGAGUGGAAGCUGGUUGUAAAAUUGAAGAAACUUUUCGAGAUACUGCACUCAAGUUCAGAUGUGAUCAUGUAUGGAAAGGGAGAGAAGAAUGUGCAAGUUCUUGUUACCCGUCAGUGGAUUUGUGAUUCAAUGCUUUGGGUUUUCAACUCUUCCCAAAUUUGA